AGAGAGAGAGUUCUUGAAAAAAAUAAAAAACCUUAUCUUAUUGUCAUGGUGAAGGUGCUCUACACUUCCCUUUGGAGCUUCCAAAGAGACACCACCAACUAUUUUCCGCCACUCAAAACUUAGCCCUAUCUGCUAAGGAAAAGCCAACAAACAUUUUUGCGCCCUUCAAAUUACUCUAGAAUCUAUACAAGAGGUUGCACCUCAAACAACAAAUUACAUCUCUCUCUCUCGUUCUCUCUCUCAUUCUUGUUUUGCUGUUCAGCCUUUCUGCAGAGGUUCUCAGGCAGGCAAUGGCGCAGAUUAUGGCACCGACGACACAAUGCCAGAUGAGGAUCACAAAGCACUCGCUGAAUGCCAGUCCCAUGACAGCAAAAACAUGGAGUUCUCUCUUGCUCAAACAGAAGAAGAGUGGGAACACUAAGAGCCUUUCUAAGUUCAGGGUGUAUGCUUUGAAGUCUGAGAACAGUACUAUUAACAGGCUUGAGAAUCUUCUCAACUUGGACGUCACACCCUACACUGAUAAGAUAAUUGCAGAAUACAUUUGGAUCGGAGGAUCUGGCAUAGAUCUGCGCAGCAAAUCAAGGACGAUCUCUCGACCUGUUGAGCACCCGUCUGAACUUCCAAAGUGGAACUACGAUGGAUCAAGUACUGGUCAAGCUCCUGGGGAGGAUAGUGAAGUGAUCUUAUACCCUCAAGCAAUUUUCAAGGAUCCUUUCCGAGGUGGCAACAAUAUCUUGGUUAUUUGUGAUACGUACACUCCAGCUGGCGAGCCGAUCCCAACUAACAAACGUGCCAGGGCUGCUGAAAUUUUCAGUAACCAAAAGGUUAUCAAUGAAGUUCCAUGGUAUGGGAUUGAGCAAGAGUACACCCUAAUGCAGACAAAUGUUCGAUGGCCACUGGGUUGGCCUGUUGGAGGAUAUCCAGGUCCCCAGGGGCCUUAUUACUGUGGUGUUGGGGCUGAUAAGUCAUUCGGCCGAGACAUAUCCGAUGCUCACUACAAGGCUUGCUUAUAUGCUGGUAUCAACAUUAGUGGCACCAAUGGAGAGGUGAUGCCGGGCCAGUGGGAAUACCAAGUGGGACCAAGUGUGGGAAUUGAAGCGGGAGAUCAUAUAUGGUGUUCAAGAUACCUUCUCGAGAGAAUAACUGAGCAAACUGGUGUUGUCCUGACGUUAGAUCCUAAGCCGAUCGAGGGUGACUGGAAUGGUGCAGGUUGCCACACCAACUACAGUACAAAAAGUAUGAGAGAAGAAGGAGGCUUUGAAGUGAUAAAGAAGGCAAUUCUGAAUCUCUCACUUCGCCAUAAGGAGCACAUUAGUGCCUAUGGAGAAGGAAAUGAGAGAAGGUUGACCGGAAAGCAUGAAACAGCCAGCAUCAACACAUUUUCUUGGGGAGUUGCCAAUCGUGGUUGCUCUAUCCGUGUGGGCCGUGACACUGAGAAGCAAGGAAAAGGUUACUUGGAAGACAGGCGUCCAGCCUCAAACAUGGACCCAUAUAUCGUGACCUCAUUACUUGCUGAAACUACACUUUUAUGGGAGCCCACCCUUGAGGCUGAAGCUCUUGCUGCUCAGAAGCUAUCUUUGAAGGUCUAAAAUUCAAGCUGCUGAUUAAGAAAGGCCAAAUGCAUUAAUUAAAAUCAGUGAGGACCUACGAGCUGAGUGACCGUGAACCCAUUUUCCUUGAGAUUUAGGUCAUUGAGACAAGAUCUUCAUGUAAAUAAAGCUUCCUAGAGGGAGAGACCUAGUCUCCUUUUUAUUGGUUUCAUCCUGCAUCCACAAGUAAUUUCAACGUUUUGGGUAUUUGAGUUCACAACUACCCUUUAGUGUCAUGGACAUCUUCCUGUCUUUGAAUUUUCAGUUACUUCGAUAUCUUCAGUGCAAUUCAUUUACAUUUUCAGUGUCCUCA